AGCAAGUUAGAAAAAUGUGAUUUCUGGGCAGGAAAUUUAGCGCACAGAGGAGUGCAGCAGUAGGCGGGUGUGUGUGUUUUAAAAAAGAGGGUGGGGACCCCACCAGCCAACUCUGCAGAAAAAAAUAAAUAAACUCUCUCUGCCUAUCUCCAAAGUGGAGCCCCUCCCCUCGGCCUGCGCUGGAGGAGGGUGACACAUGUGCCAUUUCCUCUCCCGUCGCUGAGGGUCAGGAGCAGGCCAGCGGACCCUCCACGCUGCACUCAGUCCUUCCCUCGGCCUCUGUCCGGCGCGGGACCCUUGGCCAUGAUCAACUCCAAUGACACGUCGACGCAGCUGCCCGGUGAAGAGCCCGACCCAAGGAUGGCCUCCAGUGUGACAGACAUAGCCAUCAUUGCAGAACAGUAGACCCCACAUUGGGCCCGGGUGGAGAGGCAAUGCAGCGUGGUAGACACGGAAGAACGUGCCCCGCCUUAGCACCCAAAGGCUGGAGAGAGAGGAGCUGUGUCUGUCAAGGUAUGAUUGCUGCCAUAGCCUUCGUCCUGAUCGGCCUCCUCCUCAUCACACUGCACUACAUGUGCCAGCACAAGGGCACGUACUACACCAACGAGGCCAAGGGCACGGAGUUUGCUGAGAGCGCAGACGCCGCCCUGCAGGAUGACCCUGCCCUCCAGGAUGCCGGAGAAGGCAGCAGAAAGGAGUACUUUAUCUGAGGGACACCAGACUUCACCUCUCCCUGCCCUGGCUCCAGCUCCGAGAGAGGAUGCAUCCCCCCGCCCCACCAACCACUACCAGACAGACUGUGGAGCACCCACUUUCCCAAAACGUGUGCCUUGGAAUACAAGGGGCCUGACCAGAGUGGAGAGGAGGGGGUACACCCCACUGGAGAGACCCAAGGGUGCAGCGGCCACCGUGUGGCCUUCCUCUGCUCUGCCAGGAAGAGAGCAUGUCUGGGCCCACAGCCUUCCUGGACAGGUCAGGCUGCCAUCACGUGCCAGGCCUUGCUGGGUGGGUGGGCCUGGGCUGGGGGAGAAAUGAAGGGAGUCGUCCAUACACUGACUGAAGGCAACGACCUCAAAGGUCUGUCCUUGACAUUUGGGAAACAGCAGGUACCAGAGCUAAAGGCACCUUUGUCUCCCAUUGUUCCAGCACACAAUGAUUGGAAAUAAAUUUGAAAUGUAGCUGAGCA